GGAUGGACGGCGGUCUGGUGACGCAGAUCAUCAAUGUCCUGAACAGCAUCAGUACCAUGAUGAUGAAGGUUCCAAAGAACAAGAAGAAGUGCAGAGAGAUGCGUGGCCUCAUGGACGCGCUGCGCGAGGAACUGGAACCGCUAACCGAGGGGGUAAUGGACACCAGCGUGCAAGCAGCUUUACAGCGUUUCAAGGACACCCUGGUGAGCACGGAGACGGAAGUGAAGAAGCUCCAAGAUGGCAACGACUUGGUCCAAUUCUUUCAGGCCAAUCGCACGGCCGCUAAGCUGAACCAGCUGAGACAAGAUUUAUCACAGAGUAUGCUUCACUCUGCCCUCGUUGCCAGCGUCAGCACCACCAACCAGUUUCGCAGGAUGGAUCAGAAAAUAGAUUACGCUAUUUCUCUCCUUGAGUCUCUGCAAUCCAAGCAUCGCACUGAUGAUUCAACUAACGAUGCUACAAAUCAAAACAAAACGUCCACAAGAAGAGCAGGUACGGUGGUGCUAGUACUG